AUGCACCUCUUCAACAUCACUCUACAACCCCCUACCAAUGUCACCCUGGCUGCCGUUGGAUCCUUCUCUGGGACCAAGGGUCAGGAGAUAUUAGUAGUUCGGGGAGGGACGAGGUUGGAGAUCCUCAAGCUCAAUACAAGUACGGGGCAGCUGGAUACGAUAUGUACUGCCGAAGCGUUUGGGACUGUCCGGAGUGUCGCUGGGUUCAGAUUAGCAGGAAUGACCAAGGACUAUAUCUUAUUGUCAUCUGACUCUGGUAGAAUGUCAAUCAUAGAGUUUGUUGUGACGCCUACACCACACUUCGAGUCAUUAUACCAAGAGGUGUUCGGGAAGUCUGGGAGCAGACGAGUGGUACCUGGACAGUUUCUUGCUGUAGACCCUAAGGGUCGGAGCUGUAUGUUCGCUGCGUCGAAACUAGUAUAUGUGCUGAAUAGAAACUCCGAGGGCAAGCUCUUUCCGUCAUCACCUCUGGAAGCACAUAAGAACCAUGCCCUUAUCACUCAUGUGAUAGGUGUGGACCAGGGCUAUGACAACCCCCUGUAUGCCGCGUUGGAGGUGGAUUACUCUGAAUCAGAUGAAGAUCCAACAGGGGCUGCAUUUGAGGCAGCGGAGAAGCAUUUGGUAUUUUACGAGUUGGAUCUAGGAUUGAAUCAUGUCGUCCGGAAAUGGAGCGAACCCACUGAUCGGAGAGCAAAUCUCCUUGUCCAAGUACCAGGAGGGCAGAACGCGACGUCUGACCGAUUCGAGGGACCCUCAGGAGUGUUAGUCUGCUGUGAGGAUCAUGUCAUUUGGAAACAUAUGGAUGCGGAAGCACAUCGGGUACCCAUACCACGACGAAGAAAUCCAUUGGCCCAACGUGGAGAAAUCAGUCGAGGGAUGAUCAUCGUCUCUGCUGUCAUGCACAAAAUCCGAGGGGCCUUCUUUUUUCUUCUACAGAACGAAGACGGGGACUUGUACAAAUUAUGGAUUGAUCACCAAGGGGAAGACGUCGUUGCUGUCAAGAUCAAAUACUUCGAUACCGUGCCGGUGUCGAAUAGCUUGUGUAUUCUGAAAAGCGGAUACCUCUUCGCUGCUAGCGAGUUCGGUGAUCAAAAUCUGUACCAAUUUCAAAAUCUUGCCGAAGAUGACGACGAGCAAGAAUGGUCCUCGACCGAUUAUCCUGAUAACGGGAAUACCACUGGUGCUUUGCCAUACGCAUUCUUCAACCCCAGACCUCUCCAAAAUCUCCUACUUGUUGACACACUUUCCUCCCUCGAUCCCAUUCUUGAUGCCCAAGUGGUGAAUCUUCUAGGCCAGAGUUCAGAUACUCCCCAAAUAUACGCCGCAUGUGGCCGAGGACCAAGAAGCACUUUCCGAACGCUGAAGCAUGGGUUGGAGAUACAGCAAAUUGUCGCCUCACCUCUACCUGGUGUCCCAAAUGCUGUAUGGACCUUGAAAUUGACAGAGGAAGACGAAUUCGAUUCAUAUAUCGUGCUCUCAUUCCCCAAUGGUACCCUUGUUCUAUCAAUCGGUGAGACUAUCGAAGAAGUCAACGAUACAGGCUUCUUAUCAUCUGGGCCUACGUUAGCCGUACAACAACUGGGGGAUGCAGGAUUAUUGCAGGUCCACCCAUAUGGUCUGCGGCAUAUCCGGGCUGCCGAUAGAGUUGACGAAUGGGCUUGUCCACCGGGAUCAGCCAUAACCGCCGCUACCACCAACAAGCGACAAGUGGUUAUUGCGUUGUCGACAGCCGAGUUGGUGUAUUUUGAACUGGACCCCGAGGGAUCACUGAGCGAGUAUCAAGAUAAGAAGAGUCUGCCCGGCAACGCGACGUGUGUCAGUAUCGCCGAGGUGCCGGAGGGGCGCAGACGAACACCAUUCCUUGCGGUUGGUUGUGACAACCAGACUGUCCAUGUCAUCUCCUUGGAGCCAGAGAGCACUCUAACCACUCUCAGUUUGCAAGCCUUGACGGCUCCGCCAGCGUCCAUUUGCCUUGCUGAGAUAUUCGACACCUCUAUCGACAAAAACCGAGCCACGAUGUUCCUCAACAUAGGCUUGAUGAACGGUGUACUUCUUCGUACUGUAGUCGAUCCAGUUGAAGGAUCUCUAUCAGAUACUCGUCUUCGGUUCCUCGGUGCCAAACCCCCAAAACUCGUUCGAUCGUCUAUUCACGGCUCGCCAUCGGUCAUGGCGUUCUCGAGCAGAGCAUGGUUAUUAUACACAUAUCAGGACAUGCUGCAAACCCAGCCAUUGAUAUAUGACGCAUUGGAGUAUGCCUCAACAUUAUCAGCCGCCAUGUGCCCCGAAGGUCUCAUAGGGAUAUCGGGCAACACUCUAAGAAUCUUUACAAUUCCGAGAUUAGGAGAAAAGUUAAAACAAGACUCCAUGUCCCUCACCUACACCCCUAGAAAGUUCAUCAGCCAUCCUUUCAGUACGAUAUUCUAUAUGAUAGAAUCGGAUCAUCGUGUACUCGGACCAAAAGCUAUACAACGUAUAGUUUCGCAGAAAAAAGCAGCAGGUGAUCGCGUGGAUGGAUCAAUCCUCGAAUUACCGCCGUCAGAAUUUGGUAGACCUCGAGCAGGUCCAGGGCAUUGGGCAUCGCUCAUUCGGAUUCUAGACCCUUUGACGAACCAAACAGUAUCGACGAUAGAGUUGGACGAGGAUGAAGCUGCCUUUUCCCUGACAAUCGCUUACUUUGAGAAUAUGGCGGGAGAGCCAAGUCUCGUGGUGGGGACGGCGGUGAAGACUACCUUAACACCUCGGGGAUGUAAGGAAGGAUGGUUGAGGGUUUACGCUAUCAAAGAGAAUGGUCGGACGUUGGAGUUCAUGCACAAGACAAAAUUGGACGAAAUACCACUGUGUGUAGCUGGAUUCCAGGGCUACCUUCUGGUUGGAGCCGGGAAGUCAUUGAGACUUUACGAGGCUGGUAAGAAAGCAUUACUGAGGAAGUGUGAAAAUAACAGUUUUCCCACUGUGAUAGCGACCAUCAACGUCAUUGGUGCUCGUAUCAUCGUCGGAGAUAUGCAAGAAUCGACUUUUUUCUGCGUCUACCGUUCCAUCCCCACACGUCAACUGCUGGUAUUCGGAGACGACACCCAACCUCGGUUCCUGACUUGCGUCACCAACGUCGACUAUGACACUGUCGCCUGUGGGGACAAAUUCGGAAACGUGUUUGUCAAUCGGAUGGAUCAGGCUGUCAGCGAGAAGGUGGAUGAUGAUCCUACAGGAGCGGGAAUUCUACAUGAGAAGGGGUUUUUGAUGGGAGCAGCUCAUAAGACGACUUUGAUAGCUCAUUAUCAAGUGGGCAGUGUGGUGACUUCGUUGACAAAAGUUUCUUUAGUACCUGGGGGAAGAGACGUGUUGGUGUAUACCACGAUAUCAGGAGCUGUGGGCGCUCUCGUCCCCUUCAUCUCGAUGGACGACGUGGAGUUUAUGACGACUUUGGAAAUGCACAUGCGUUCUCAGAACAUAUCUCUGGUCGGAAGAGAUCAUCUUGCCUACCGAGGUUAUUACGCCCCCGUCAUGGGAGUGGUAGACGGAGAUCUGUGCGACGCAUACAGUUCAUUACCAUACACCAAACAGUCUUCCAUCGCCAACGAACUCGAUAGGAGCGUGGGGGAUGUGUUGAAGAAAUUGGAACAGAUGAGGACUAGUAGUGCGUUCUAAGGAGGGGGGGAGAGGUUAUCUGAGGCAAACUGUACAAGCUGGUGGUAUGCAUGCUGUCGCAAGC